CACGCACGCAGUGAUCCAGGCAGGGACAGAUUCAUGUUCAUAUACACAGAAGACACACACACACACACACACAGAUAGACACAGGACAGACAGAAACACUACAGACAUGAUCAUGAUGAUCCUACAGAGAGAGUUUCCACUGCCAGAUUAAAACCGUCACACCGCCUUCAGUCCAACAUUGGGUUUCUUCAGCGGGAUAAAUCAUCCAGAGCUCGAGUUCAUGGCGUUUCUAGUGAAGAAGAAGAAGUUUAAGUUUCAGACUCAUGUCACUCUGGAAGAGCUGACAUCCGUGCCGUUUGUCAACGGGGUUUUGUUCUGUAAAAUCAGACUAUUGGAUGGAGGAGACUUCACCUCUGUUUCAUCCAGAGAAGAAGUCCACGAGAACGCCGUUCGUUGGAGGAAGAGGUUCUCCUUUGUAUGCAAAAUGAGCGCCAACCCCAACACGGGCGUUCUGGACCCCUGUGUGUGUCGCGUCUCUGUGAGGAAGGAACUCAAAGGAGGAAAAGCAUUUUCAAAGCUGGGCUUUGCUGAUCUGAACAUGGCAGAGUUUGCUGGUUCAGGCUCCACCGCGCGCUGCUGUCUGCUGGAGGGAUACGACACCAAGAACACACGCCAGGACAACUCCAUCUUGAAGGUGACCAUUGGAAUGACCCUCUUAUCUGGAGAUCCGUGCUUUAAAACUGCCCCAAGCUCAGCCAAAUGUAUAUCUGUGGCCGGCCGAGACGCUUCCCUGCAGCUGGACUGUAAAGGAGAAGGACAACAGAGGCCCUCUAACCUCGGCUCUGCUCUUCCUGACGAGGUGGAUCGCAGUCAGAGUCCCGAUGAAUCGUUUCACACGGGUCAUUCGCGCAACUCAAGUUACGCCAGUCAGCAAAGCAAACUAUCAGGCUACAGCACCGAACACUCCUGCUCCUCCAGUCUGUCUGAUUUGACCCAUCGCAGAAACACAUCUACUGGCAGCAGCGUGAGCACAGACGUCCCUUCUGAGAGCGACACCCGUCCCGACCGGCCUGCACGACCCCCGCGGCCCAUCUUGCCCUCCAACAGACCUCCACGGAGGAAACAAGAUUCGGUGGAGGAUCAGCCGACCUGGGUCAACGACACGCGCAUAGACGCAGACGACAUCGUGGAGAAGAUCGUCCAGAGCCAGAACUUCUCUGACAUCAGUAACAAUGAAGACAGUAACCUGAGGCUGUUUGUAAGCCGCGACGGGACCACAGCGCUGAGCGGGAUCCAGCUGGGAAACAGGGUCUCCGCUGGUGUGUUUGAGCCAGUCAUCAUUGAAAGCCAUUAGAUUUAUUCCCACUUUUGUCACUGGAACAAUCACACAAACUCUGAUCUAUUCAAAUCACCUCCUGCAUUUUCAUUUUCUUACAAAAAUGUUUAAGUGCCAAACCACUGCAGACACCAGAUCCAAACCACUGCACUGGACACAUUACAAGGUUGUCCACCGACUGCAUGUAUGUUGUCAUUUACAGCUGCGUUCACAUGUGAUUUGUCUUUGUCUUGAGUUUACACAUCUGUAAGUGUGCGUUUAUUUUUGUGAGUCGUUUAUAAUUUGCGCCGAACACUACGUUUUGACGUGGACGGGCUCUUUAAGGCCUGUGAUGCGUGACGUGGGCUUUUCCUGGAGCGUCAGCCGGUCUGAAUGCUGUGAAAGGACCAGAGAUGCUCUCUGACCCACUGGACGCCUCGUCUCGUCUCGUCUCUUGUUUUUCUGUGUUGCUGUGCAGCACAAAACUCCCUUCCUACAGAUUCUAGUGUUAUAAAAAACAGUUUAAUGCACUUUACAGGACAA